GUUGAGGGGAGGGGGGGGAAGGUUUUUUUUUCUCGCUCACCCGCUACGCGUCUCUUUCACGCGAGUAAACGAAUGGCCGUGCGUGAUUGUGUGCCAAGCCGCUCGUACGCGGGCAGGAAAAUCCGGGGAGGCGAUCCGUGGCGUUCCCCCCGUCCCCCGCUGACAGGAGUGGUACGGCCCAGGGCGCGGAGUGACUGGCACGGCACAAGAUGGCGCCGGGCGGGGUGGACGCGCAAUGGCCGCCCCUGCAGAGGAGGAGGCGGGGGGAGGAGUAAAGGAGCUUUGUUCCCCUCGCUGCUCGGCUGCUGGGGAAGAGAAGGCCGUACCGCCCGCGUCCCGGAGACAGUCGUCGGCUUGGGAAUUGGGACCCCACGGCCGGGUCAUGAAGAGCCCGGGGCCCCCGGAGCCGUGACGCGCGCCCCGCCGCCCGCCCGCGCCGGAGAUCCCCGUAUGGCGGACAUGGCCCCGGCGCUGACUGGAGCGGCCCCGCACCGGCUGAAGCUGAGCGCCCCGGCCUGGCAGCCGCUGCUGCUGAACGGGGGGAAGGGACGCGUGAUGCCCGGGGGGAGGCAGCAGGAGCCCGGGGUGAGGCCGCAGGAGGAGCCGGAGGCCGGGGUGAGGCCGCAGGAGCCCGGGGUGAGGCCGCAGAUGGAGCCGGAGCCCGGGGUGAGGCCGCAGGAGGUGCAGCAGAGGGCCGCCCGCAUGUCCGGCCGGCAGCAGGAGCUGGGGGCCCGUGCCCGGACGCUGUGCCGGCGGCUGCAGGUGAUCCAGGCUAAGCAGGUGGAGCGGCACGUCAGGCAGCAGCUGUCCGGGCUGGUGGAGCUGCUGGCCCGGUGCGGGGAGGACGGGCUGCCGGGGACCCCGCACAUGGAACUGGACCGGCUGGCGAGCAGCUCCACGGCCCGGCUGCGGGCGGCCCAGGGCGGCUUUGACUCGGACGCUACAGAGAGCAGCUCUGGCGGGGAGAGCGACGGCGAGGAGGCGACCGGGAGCGAGGAGGAGGAGAGCCCGGGGUCUGACCAGCACGCUGAGUGGAGGUGGGCAGUGGAGCGAGCCGCCAUUAUCUGUCGCUGGACCUGGUUACAGGCUCAGGUUUCUGACCUAGAGUUUCGCAUACGGCAACAGACUGAGAUCUACAAACAAAUCCGUUGUACCAAGGGAAGUGUUGUUCUGGGAGACUCCUCACACUGUGAAGACGCAACAACGCGACCAUUUCCCGGACCCUCAGCUGUGCUGAGUGCAAGAGGCAGCCGGUUGCCUUCUGCUGUAAAAGCCCCAUUGGGGGACAAUCUGCGUGAAGCCACGUCUAGCACUCCCACCCCUUCUCUGCAAAACUCUGACAAACAGUGUUCCCGCCUUACACAGUCUGUUGAAAAUGUUGCGUGUCAAAAUCCACUCACCACACCAAUGUGUGCAUCCCCCGGAUCCCAAAAAACAUCUCGUCAAGUCAACGGAUUCUUAAAUUGUGUACGUUCCAGUCUGCCUUGUAAUGGUUCCAGCGAGGAUUCGGAGGAUGUGCUGGGCAAAAAACCACGUGUGGAGGCUCUGUCUACAUUACCAGCGGUCAUAGACCCCACCUGCAUGGCAGCCAGAAUCCGACCCCUACGCGGACACAAGAAACGCCGUUUGGUCAGGUCCAGCGAUGUCUCUGCUCUCAGUAGAAAGCCACAGAAGCAGCUGUCUACCAAGUGUGGCUGUGAGCCUCCCACUGCGUGUAUCCUAUGCGGGUGCAAGAGCUACGCCAAGACCGUACACCCCAGCACCAUGACGCUGAGUGAGCGUAUCGCACUAAUGGAUUCCAGCUACCAUCCCAUCCUCUCCUUCCCCUACGACACCCCUCUUGAUUUGCACUUUGAAGCGUUGCUGAAAGAAGACCGGCAGUUCCGGCUCUCUCACAGGCUGAAGGCUAUUAAGCUCUCCCAGCUCAGCAGGAAAUCUCUGGAGCGGGUGCGGAGAGACUGCUCGAGCCCGUCGUCAGACCUCACAGGCACAGGUUGUGCUUAUGGUAGGAAUGACCCAGAGAGGUUAGAUCUGUACCGUGCGGAGGCUUGGCAGAGAAACAUUAGACUAAUACCGGACUCACAGCUGCGAAGAACGCCUUCAGGGUUUCUGUUUCGAGAGGACAGACAAUACAAAGGGGUUCUGAACCCCAGCAUACAUGUGCCCACCCCUGUUACUCCGAGACCAAGCCCUUCAGUACAUCAGCUUUCUUCCUUCAUGGAGAACAUCCCUGGUUCAUCGGCCAGUCAGCAGAACAGUGCCUCUAUGGCUCUUAAGCGGAAAAGAUUUGAAAACUCUUAUGACAUUGAUAACAUUGUCAUUCCUAUGUCUAUGGCAGCGGUGGCGCGGGUGGAGAAAAUACAGUACAAGGAGAUCCUGACACCAAGCUGGCGUGUCCUGGACUCUGUGGAGCGAGAUACUACCCUGAAAGAGAACCCGCAGUUGGAAGACCUGUCUGAUGAAGCGUAUCUAGACCGUCACAGUACGUACGAGGAGAUGGAGCGUUCGCGGUGGGAUUACUGGACCUCCGCUGUCCCCCAGAGGCGAGGGAGCAGAUCCUCCAACAAAUCUGACGGUCGAUGGACGCCGCAGCCUUCUUCAAACAGCCAGGGGUCUCUCCAGCCAGCCUCUCCGGACACUGGAUGCCACAGCCUUAAUGAUGUCCCACUAUCCCUGUCAUCUGCUGCUGUUGACAACACAGAGCCUUACAGCACAGUCCAAUGCCUCUCUGUCCACAGCCGGCAGAGGGUGCUGUCCUGGAGCGAAGAUACCAGAUCUUCCACCCCGGAGUUCCCUGAUGAAGAGGAACGGGUUGUUCUACCAUGGGAUUCCCGCUCUUUUCCUCUCGCAGACAGAGACCAUCGAGCUCUCCAGGACUUGCCAGUCACACCCAGCAAAGGCCGGAACAAACCACACCAAGACAUCUUGUGGCACACAUCAAAUAAGCUUGAUGCACGAACUGAGAGCAUAGACUUUGGCAUGUCAACAGAAAACCUCGCCCCCACCUCCAAAGAACCCCCGUUACCUAAUAGCAUUUCAGUCGUUCGAUUCCAUGCACCCAGCGGUGAGAAAAUUGCAAGCCUGGAAUAUUUUCCAGCCAGGCCGGUCAACAAGAGAUGAAAGCUCUCCCCUUCUUUCACAAAAUGUGUGUGACCAGAGAAAACCACCCCAUAUACUUUAUUCAGUAUCAAGUGCUUGGCUGGCUUGCAGGCCCAAGUGGAGCAGUAGUGGGGUCCUGGGCUCGGCGGCACGCUGAAGCGAGAGGCCUGAGGCGAGGCACAGCGCACACGCUGAACCUCAUGCACUGAGCAAGGGUCGUAGGAAUGUCUCCUUAUGUGGAUGACGCCAGUUUCCUAUGGGUUCCAGAGGUAUGAAGGCUGUGUUAGGUACAUGGAGCCGGCUCGUGUAGCUGGAUGAGAGGAGGAUUUGCAUUCUAUAUGAAAAAGAUAUUAGGAGUCUGAAAGUUGGGGGGCUGGAGGAAAAUAAUCAGGUUUAGACCCUUAACUGCCAGAGGAACGAGCUUGCGGUAUUGGAAAGCUGCGUCUGGCAGUGAGGUUACAAGACCCUGUUUGGGGGUCUUGAGUUUCCAGUCACUAAUUUUCUAUUACUGUUCCAAUCACUGUGUAUUGGUUGCAGGAGGAAAAGCAGGGUAUCCCGACGUUUGUAGCAUAAUACAUAGAACUCUGCUUGUGUUUCUCACCAGGACUGCCCCGAGUUUGCAUAAGAUUGUGAUGUCUGUGCAAAGAUCUCAUGGGCUGAAAAGAUAUGUUGCAACCGGACUGAUUUCCUUACCCUUCUCCCUUUCCCCCAGGAACAAAUUCUGUAAUUAUUUAAUGAAUGGGCAGGAGCGACUCCUGUCUGAGAAUAGCCUGGUGUAUAUGGAUAUAUGGAGUUAGAUUGCUAAAUAAAUUCUAAAUCAUAUUAGAUAA